UAUUGCUACGAUUUUGGGUCUUUCAGUUAGGUUAUUUUUCGUACCGUAAAUGUCCACAUCCGGACGAUUUCGAUAAAAUUAUCUAUGCAUGACUAUUCGUCGCGAUUGAAAUAUUGACAAGAGGACAUGAAAUUUUCACAAGUACUUAAUACGUACGUACCAAUUUGUAAUACGUUCUGUAUUCAACCCACUACUUACUCCAAUCUUCAUGGGGCGGUUUACUAUAUCAAGAAGGAGUACCUAUAAUAGUAGUUUAUAUUACAUUUUACACACGCAAUUCAGUUAGUGUGCUACAUAUAUAAGUUCUCUCUUUGGAAAAAUAGCAUUCGCCUUUUUUUCUAAAUGGGAAUCUCACAAAACACCGACGCAUUUAAGUUUCAAAGACUAUUAAUGGAAACUGCGGGAUUUUGGCCAAGAAGAGAAGCCUCAAUUUUCUACCUGAUUUACGGAUUAUCUGCCUACGGAAUUGUGGUAUUAUUCGCAGUGUCUUUGCUAUUGAGUACCAUGGUUGUGAAAGAUUUUAAACAGUUAAUUCUAGGAUGGUCGAUGUUUACAGCCAUGCUCAAUUGCUCACUAAAAUUUACGGUUUUCCGUGUUAAAAUGCCGGCCUUUUUGGAGCUUUUGGACUUCAUUCGUUCCCCUCAUUUCUUUUAUCACAGAGAGGAGUUCGACCAUCACCUCAAACGAAUUAUUAAAAUUGCGACUGUUGUGGUGAAGCUGUUUUUUUGUAGCGGCAUGACCACGUAUACCUGUUUAAUAUCGGCUCCGUUAUUUUCGAAAGAGGAAAGAAUCACGCCGUUUCCGUUUCCGUUAGACUUAAAACAGUAUUCUGUCAUGGUUUACAUUUUGGUGUACGUUUUUCAAAGCGUUGCUCUUUUUGCGGCUGCUUGGAUAAGUAUCGGAUUCGAUAAUUUAUCGACGGGAAUGAUGGGUCUGUGUUCCGCGUAUUUUGCUAUUUUACGUCAAACUAUAAUUUUUGCGACUGAAGAAUUUCGCAAUGAAAAACUCGAUAACAUCAAUUUGUAUAGUAAACAUGAUAAGCAAAUUUACAGAGAUUUGAGUGACUGUUCGACUCAUCACCUUGCUGUAAUCAGCUUUACACAACAAAUCGAGAAGAUAUUCUCUUAUGUGUUCUUAAGCCAAUUCUUAUGCAGUGCUGGCGGCAUUUGCCUUUCAGGAUUCACGUUUAUAAACUCAGAACCUGGAAGCCCGGAGUGUAUAUUUGCCUUGAACCUUAUGGGUACACUCAUGUUCCAGAUCACGUUGUAUUGCGCUUACGGAAAUGAAGUUACUGUUCAGAGUGCUAUGGUAUUAGACGCUUGUUACAUGACUGAAUGGAUCUAUUGUGGCCCAGAAGUGCGUCGAAGUUUAUUCCUUAUUAUGGAACGUUCGAAACGUCCGUUGGCGUUAACAGCAGGCAAAUUCGUAAACCUUUCCCUUUCGUCAUUGGUUUCAGUGAUAAAAUCUGCUGGUUCUUAUGCAAUGGUUUUGUAUCAACUGUACCACUCCUAAUCUAUGUAUCGCAUCACGUCACAUUUACACAAGUGUCUUUUUGAAAUAAAGUUUGUGCACAACCAUUUA